GCAUGCGCCAAAUGCUACUUCCUGUCAGAAGAAGGAAGCGAGGAGGAGGGCGUAAAACUGUUGUCCCACCCUUUUUAAUAGUUUUUUAACUGAAUUAUUGUAUGCUGUCUCCUAGGAUUUUACAAGAUGGCAUUUAUGCGAAAGAGUAAGUUCCGCCACGUGUUUGGCAAACCUCUGAAGAAGGACGAUGGAUACGACAACAUACGAGUCACUAAAAAUAGCUGGGAUUCUCCUUUUUGUUCAGUUAAUCCAAAAUACAUCGCAAUCAUCACAGAAUCAGCUGGUGGUGGUUCAUUUCUGGUACUACCACUUAAGCAGACUGGCCGUGUGGAGAUGAACCAGCCAGUAGUGGAUGGUCAUAAAGGCCCAGUACUGGACAUUGCUUUUUGUCCACACAAUGAUGAUGUCAUAGCCAGCUGUUCAGAGGACUGUACAGUCAAGGUGUGGGCGAUCCCGGAGGGUGGACUCACACGUAACCUCACCGAGCCCGUUGUAGAGCUCAUCUCUCACAUCAAACGAGCCUGCAUUGUAAAAUGGCAUCCCUCUGCUCAAAACAUUCUUCUGAGUGCUGGUGCUGAUGCCAAGAUAUGUAUUUGGAAUGUAGGAACUGGUGAACUUUAUGUAGAAAUAAACCUUCCUGAUCUAAUCUAUUCAGCAAGCUUUAGCUAUAAUGGCGAUAAAUUUGUCUGUACCUGUAAAGACAAAAUUCUUAGAGUCAUUGACUCACGCACAGGAAAAGUAAUUAAGGAAACAAGUGGGCCCUGCCAUCAGGGAUCUAAACCAGCACAAGCCCUGUUCCUCAAGCAUGACAAAGUCUUCACCACAGGAUUCUCCAGGAUGAGUGAGAGGCAGUAUGCAUUGUGGAAUGCGAAAACACUGGAACAGGAGAGCAUGGAUGAGAUAGACCAGGCCAAUGGAGUAUUGAUGCCAGUGUAUGACUGUGAUGUAGAGAUGAUUUACCUUAUAGGAAAGGGAGACAGUAUUAUCCGGUACUAUGAAAUCACAGAUGAGGCCCCCUAUGUCCACUACUUAUCACUAUACCAAUCAAAGGACCCCACUCGAGGGUUUGGUGUCAUGUGCAAGAGAGGCCUAAACAUCAAUAAUUGUGAAAUUAUGAGGAUUUACAAACUGCUGAACACUGGACAAGUAGAAGUUAUUCCAUUCACAGUUCCUCGAAAAUCUGAGCUCUUCCAAGAUGAUAUUUACCCUGACACAGCUAGUGAUCAGCCAGCAAUCAGUGGAGAAGACUGGUUCAGAGGUGUCAGUGCUGACCCAGUACUGGUUUCUUUGAAAGAUAUGUUUGCAUCAGAAAUGAAGGAACCAGCUAAAGUUGUGGUCAAAUCAAAUAUUUUGGACAAAAAAGUGCCAGCCACCCCCUCCAGGAGGUCUGCAGAUGUAGCCCCCACACAACCAAAGGUUCCCUCCACACCUGUAGCCCGCCCUGCCUCUGAAGCAGCACCUGCUGCAGCAGGAGCCGGAGUAGAACUACCUCCAGGUGUGAGUGUACAAGCCUUGUUGGAUGAAGUGAAACAAUUAAAGAAAACAGUCAAAGAUCAAGACAAGAAACUCAAGGACUGUGAGGAGCGAUUGUCUGCCCUUGAAACACCCAAUAUGGAGGACGAAGUUGCAGACAAGGAUUAAGCACAUGAAAAAAAAAAUACAGAUGCACCAGAACUCCAUAUCUUGAUUAUUUUAGGAAUAGCCAAAUCAUAAGCAAUAAAUAGGCAGUGAUCUUUGAAUGAAUGUUGCCAUAAACAUGAUAAAACGAUAAAAUUGUCAUCACCAAUACUCAUUAUCAUUUAAUUUAUGUAUUCAUACACGUUCUUUAUUUACCUGACCAGUCCGAAUUUAGGGUUAAUUUUGUCUAUUUUUGUUCCCCUUUCACAGCAAAUACAAACUUUGGAUGUUAUUCUGAAACUUUCUAUAUUAUUUUGUGUUAUUGUCCAAAUGAUUGUCUUUUAUUGUUUUUUUUUUUUUACCCCCAAAUAGGAAUGUUUACUUUCAUCUUUUCAGUAUUUCAAACUGACGUAUUUGUUUUUUUUUUUUUUUUUUCCAUCUCUGUAAAGUACACCUUCUUUCCUACUUUGAAAUCCAGUAUAUAGAAUAAUAAUAUUCACAGAUAUUUUACCAUUAGUUACCUUCAAGAGUUCUGAUUUAAAAUUUUUAACUGUUUGAUGUUAUAUUUAUGACAGAGAAAUAUUUUGAGGAUUUUUUUUAAUUAAAGCGGAAAACUUGUAUUGGAUUUAAGGAAGAGUUCAGUGCUUGCAAUUACCAAUACUUUUUUGAGCAUCUGUAUGCAGAAAUAUAUCAAUAUAGCUGUUGUAUUAAAAGGCAGCAAAUAAGCUAGGAAAUUUUAUACUUAAAGUAGAUACUCUGGGAUAGAAAAAAAGUGAUAUACAGUAUUACCAUUUAUGGUACAACAACUUAUCGGUUAAUUUUCUUUAUAGCGCUAUGUGAAACUUUCAUGAAAGAAUAUUUCAACUUCAUUUUCCUAAGCUAUAAGUAUUUUGUUUGGUUUAAUUUGUGCAUUAUACUUUUUUGUGAAGUGCUGGACAUGGCUGCUUUUUUGUGCGGGUUUAUGUAGUGCUACAUUCAGUGACACUUAAAUCAAAUUAAGACUUAUCCUAACUAUCUCCCUUUGUUUAUAAAUGGCUUUGUGAAGAUUUUUUUUCACAUUCCAGGAGAGAAUUAUGAAGGGGGUGUAGCUACUGAAGGAGAUAGGAAAAGGAAGAAAUUCUGACAUUUUUUGGGUAGAAAAGCUCAAACUGCCAAAUCCAAAUUAUUUAAAGCAUGAUUUGUUCUUGUAUGUAUUGCCUAACAUUUUUGUAUUUUAUUAUUAUUAUUUUAUAAUGGGACAAUAAGGCUUUUUGAUUUGCUUUGAAAUGGUCUUCACUGUAGUGUGUAUGACUGUUUGAUGUAGCUACAUCUAGUUGACUAUGGGUCCCAUUCUCUUGCAUUCCACGUUAAUGUGUAUGUGUGCUUUCUGUGUUGUUUUCAUCCUGAAUCAUUGCUACAUAUAUGAAAAUAGAAGAAAAAAAAAACACAGAAAAAAAAUGUAAAAUUUAAUAAUGCUUCUCUAGUCUUAAAUUCUAGGAAUCUGAAGGUUCAUUUCAAAGUGCCAAUAAAUAGAAUUGUGAAACAGCAGAGUUUGUACCUGUUAAGUAUAAAAAAAGAAUUGCUUGGGGUCAUCAUAGCAUAUACUAGUACUUAAGUGACUGAAGUCCCUUAUAGUGUAUCAGUAAAAACCAGUUAUAUACUGCUGAAAUAGUGAGAUAUUUUAUUCUUGUCACCAUUUUCAUGUCUCUUCACAUUUGUAUGUCAUUCAGAGUUCGAGCUGUCACAUUGACCACAUGCUCAAACUGCCAAAGACAAUUACUAUUUAUAGCUGUGAUUGCUAGCAGAGAGGACAAAACUUGACUUAGGGAACAGUAAGAGCCACAGUCCAAUAUACCCCUGCUAUUAUGAUUGCUUUCUUCAGUAUACAAUCUUGAAAUAAUAAAAUUUUAAUUGGGAUGUUUACAAGGGGUCUUGUUUUAUGUUCAGUUUAAAAGAAAAAUUACAUAAUAGGAACGAAGUUUCCAUUAAUGGCUUCAUUUUAUAUUUCGAAGCUCUUACUGUGCCUUAACCUUUCAGGAAAUGUACACAAAUAAAAACUGUCCUAGUUUGAUGCUUUUCUGUACUACUGUUGCUAGUACCAGUGUAUACAGUUUACCAUGGACUUUGAUUUUUUGACUGACUUAACAUUCCUUGUUUUACUCUAAGCACUGCUAUAAAGUCACUGUUAUUGUUAAUGAUAUACCAUUGUAUAAAGAGGUAUUUGUUUUUGUGCGUUCAUAUAGGUAUGUGUUGUGCUGAUUUUCAUUAAUAUGUACUCUUAAGCUUUUUUUUACAGAAUCUAAACUACUGAAAGAAUUAGACAUGCUAAACCUCUGCUGUUUAAAAGUAUUAUGUGACAAAGAACAAAAAAAACUUACUUUUUAUGAUUUCUACUUUUUUUGUUAUGUCUCUAAGCCUAACAAUAAUUAAGAUAAGAAAAAAAAAUUAAAAAAGAACAAGAUGAUAUCGUUUAUAUAUAUAUAAACUUUGUAAUGUGCAAUUAAAAUAUUUAAUAAACAAUUUCAUAUUCUCA